AUGACUGAUCUUACUAGUGGUUCAUCAACUCUUAAUACAUCACAUGGUGCAUCAGGUAAUGCUGGCGCAGCUGCUAAAGGCAAGAAAAAAGCUGCUGCUGGUUCAGCAAAUAAAGCCAAAAAAGCUAAAGGUUCAAGUUCUCAUCCAAAAUUUUCGGCUAUGAUUAAACAAGCAAUAACACAAUUAAAUGAUCGUAAUGGUACAUCAAAAGUAGCUAUAUUAAAAUAUAUUUUGGCUAAUUUUAAAGUUAAUUCAGCAACAGCUAAUCAACAUUUAAAAUCCGCAUUACGAGCUGGCACAAAAAAUAAUUCAUUAAAACAAACAAAAGGUAUUGGUGCAAGUGGAAGUUUUAAAUUAGCUACAACAUCGAAAACGAGUGCAUCAUCUGGUGGUGCAAAGAAGACAGCUGCUAAGAAACCAGCUUCAUCAAAAUCGCGUAGUCGAUCAAAAACACCAGGUGGUGCUAAGAAGGCAAGUGGAACUAAAGCCAAAACAGCUCGAUCAUCAAGCAAAGGUAAAGCUGCCGGUGGUGCUGCCAAACGAAAACGUUCAGCAUCUCCAACUAAAAAAGCAGCAACAAAAAAGGUAGCCAAACCUACUACAACAGCAGCAGCAAGUACCACUGCUGCAUCAACUGCACCAGCUCCUAGUGCUGCUGCAGCUACAACAGCAGCUACAAAGAAAGCAGCACCAGCUAAAAAGGCUAAAGCAGCUAAACCAAAAUCAAAAGCAGCAGCUAAACCAAAAGCUGCCGGUGCUAAGAAAGCUAAAAGUCCAAAGAAGAAAGCUGCAUCACCCAAGAAAAAAGCUGCCGGUGCAUCAAAAUCUAAAGCAAAAAAACCAGCUGCUGCUCCUGCCGCCGCAGCACCAUCGGCAGCCUCAUCCGCUGCAAAUACAUCGACUAGCACUGCAGCUAAACCAGCAGCUAAACCAGCAGCAAAAAAAGCGCGUAAAAGUGCAACAACAAAGAAAGCAAAAAGUCCAAAAAAAGCCGCUGCCAAAAAAUAA